AAAAGGACUCUGCGGGUCUCGGCUUUCAUUAUCUUUUGUGGGCCUUUUCUAGUGGCCCAAACAUAUGCAGGAAGACUACCCGAUAGCUUUAUUCUUUGUACCCUUUAUCUCAUGUGCACCGGUUUUGCUGGAGCUGCUGCUUAUUUGUGCGCAUUGGAUUCUCAAUCCCACAAUUUCAAGCAGCGUCGUGGGCUCAGUAUGGGGCUAACAACAGCUUCUGUUGGCAUGUGUGGUGUGGUGUAUUCACAGAUCAAUGAUUUAUUAUUUGGAAGUGAUGACAAAAUAGCCGUGGCAUCUUUUGAAAAUGACAGCACAUACAACUUCUUGAUAUUUCUUGCAUUAUCGAUGUCAGCUGGUAUUCUUCUUGGUUCAUUUUUUUUAGGCCCAAUUAGAGACACUGCUUAUCUACCAACACUGGAAAAAAUUGCAGAAGUGUCGAUAUCCGGCAUCGAAUUUUUAAAGCAUCCCAUCGGAUUUUCAUUGUUUUGUACACUAUUUGUGGUACUUGGCGUGGGAUAUGUGUAUCUUGCCAACAUUGGACAGAUUUUGAAUGCAGUUUCCUCGGAUUCCAACCAACAUACACGUAAUGUUCAUAUCACUUUAUUUAGCCUUGGAAACUGUGCUUCGCGUGCAUUCUUUGGCGCUCUGAGUGAUCUAUUAAGAAACAAAUUGGGAAUUCAUCGACUAUGGAUAUUCGUGUUUGCUGUCAUGGCCAUGCUUGCCACUUUGACUUUCCUCGUCUCCGCUUCCGACAUAACCGCAGAAACUCUUGUUCCUUGUACCAUUGUCAUUUCCACAGCUUAUGGUAUUGUGUUUGGCGUUGCUCCUGCUACAACCACCGAAUUUGGAACAGAGGUAUUUGCCCGUAAUUGGGGGUGGCUCCUGUUUGCACCAGCCUUUGGCAGUCAGAUUUUCAAUGUGUUGUUUGGAAUCUUAUUUGGACGUCAAGCAGAAUUACAAAAAUCUCAUGCUUGUCAUGGUUCUGUUUGCUUCAAAAGUACGUUCCGUAUAGGUAUAGUUCUUGGUAUCGGUGCCCUAUCUAUACUAUCCAUGGCUAUAUAUAAAGCCGGUCUUUAUAAACGUCGCAUACCUACCAUUGACAAAAUAAAUUAA